AUGGAAGAAGGACAACCGCGAAAAACCCCAAACGGGCACGGUCAUCCGAGGCACCCGCGCGAUCUAAAGAAAACCCACGCCGACUCGUGGCCAAGCACAAACAAACGCACCUCGCUACCGGCCAGCCCGAAGAUCAUCAAAACCACCGAGGAUGACUCCAGUCUGGGGGAUGUCUUCGAGUACUGCCAGCAGACGUCCGUCACGACGCCGUCCACGGUGGAGAUCGAUUAUGAUGCGAUCAGUCCGCGGUUUGAGCGCAAGCGGUUCGAGUUCUGCUACCCAUCCGUAUCGAAGGAGGACUUCUCCAACAGCAUAUCAAUCGACACGCACGACAUCGACCGGAAGAAGAAGCGAAUUUAUCCCAGCAAAACCCCCGACAACUCGCUCGAGAAUGAAUCCAUCCUCGAUGGCUCGAUGGCGAGUUGCAGCUCACCGGGACAUAGUUCUUCGGCACGAGCCAAAUCACCUUCCCACUCGCCGAGACACUCUCGGCGGCAGCUAAACAGCGAGACCAUCAACAUAACCUCUAACCCCGGUUACCAGGUCCUUCGAAAUUCACAUUCCACACUCGAUCGCACGUGCUCAGACAGUGUGGUGUCGCUAACGUGCCGCAAAUCGACGAGCGAUCUCACGCAAACGAGCGAUUCCGGUAUGAUGGGUGGAAUGGGAGGACGGCACGGGCGGCGUCGAAGUAGCCACAAGGGUUUGGCUUUUCUGGCCAGUCGGAAAGGUUCACGGGAUUCGAUCAAGAGUGCCGCCUCGAAUACGUCCGUGUUUUCGAACGAAGAUAUCGGUCCGUUAGCGUUCCAGGCGUCGGCACGUGGCCGUCAACGGAGGACGUCGAAUUUUCUGGAGUUACCUGUGCCGGAUCAUGCAAGGCCGAGGGUUUGCUCGUUGCCGGAAAGACCGUACAACCCGCGGCAGAGUGAUGAUCUGUAUCGGUUGCGGCAUUUCUCGAUCAGCAAGGGUACGGUCGUGAAUUGUGGGGAUUCGAUUAUUUCGCGGCGAUCGAAGAGUAACACCAGCGUUAACUCCACGGCUAGUCGGGCCAGCGAACGAUCACCCUUCGAAGGAUCGUGCUGUGGAGGCGGCUACGCAACCGUAGACUCGCUGCCAUCCUCGCACGGUGAAGAUGACGACGAAAGUGAACCAAUACCGACCAGAUAUCGCGUCGUCAUGUUGGGCGACUCGGGCGUCGGCAAAACGGCCCUGGUUUCGCAGUUUAUGACCUCCGAGUACAUGCACACGUACGACGCCAGCCUCGAUCGCAAAGAUGAUGAGUUUGGGGAAAAGACCGUUAGCGUGCUGCUGGACGGCGAGGAGUCCGAGAUGAUAUUCAUCGACCAUCCGAACGUGGAAAUGAGCGUGGAAAAUUCACUCUCAACGUACGAACCGCACGCCUGCGUCGUCGUGUACUCCAUCGUCGAUCGGAACUCGUUCCGCGUGACGGAGGAAAUACUCAACUAUCUGUGGUCGGAGCACUACACGAAGGAGAAGGCGGUCAUUAUAGCGGCCAACAAAUCCGAUCUGGCUCGGGCACGAGUCAUAACCACGGCUGAAGGCAAACAGCUGGCAACGUCCCGGGAAGCUAAGUUCAUCGAAACGUCCAGCGGAAUUCAGCACAACGUUGACGAGCUGCUGGUGGGCGUGCUGAAGCAGAUACGCCUGAAGGAGCAGCGGGAAAAGCGCGCCAGUGCGACCAAUUUGCGCAACUCGCGCACGCAGAUGUCGCUGCACAUUGCGAAGGAAAUUUUGCACAAGAUCUGUCUCACCGACAUCACCAAAUCGAAGAGCUGUGAAAAUCUGCACGUGCUCUAA